AAGAAGAAGAUAUAUAAACUUUGGAGGAAGGUUAUCAGGGAGAAUCAAGAAGAGUCAUGACUACUUUAUCAAAGAUUCUAUGUGCGUUGAUCAUUCUUUUCUUAUGCAUAUCCUUUCGAUAUUCACUUCAUGAAGAUGGGAAUCAAGAAUCAAGCCGUGAUGUCGUUUCAGUUCGUAAGGGGAUCGAAAAUGUUGAUGUCGUGAUACGAGGAAGAAAACUGAUGAUGACAAAUGGAGAAGCAGAUAAAGAAACAACGACGAUGAAGAGAAAGAGAAAAUCAGGCAAAAGUGUUGACGACGAUGGACUCGUUGCUUUCACUGCUGAUUAUUGGAGAGCCAAGCCCAAGCAUCAUCCUCCCAGGAACAAUUGAUCAUAAUCCUGUUAUGAAAUAAUAUAACAGAAUGCUAGCUUUUAUGAAUAUCUCCAUAGAUAUAUAACUUUAACUAUAAGAUAAAAUGAAAUAUGUUUGUUAUAUUAUGUGUUUCGUUUGCUUUGUAGUUUAUUUUACCUUGUUUCGGCUUAAUUAAUGGUUUGCAUAUAAACCAACAAUUUUGAACUUUUGAAGCUUUUUGUAUGUAUAUGAAUUAUGAUUUUUUUUUCAUAUAUGUUUCACAUCAUAGCAAACCAGAAAACAAACAAACAUGUAAGUGAUCAAUGCAACGUUUACUAAUAUUAUAGACUAGACAUACACAACGCUUUAAAAUGUAGGCAAAAAGCUGUAAAACAAGAAGUUUAAAGAGAAUACAGAAUACAGAUAAGCUCGACAUUCACUCGGUCAAUUUACAUGUGGUCGGCGAACUCACAUUAGCCAAUAUUAGCUACCAAGGGAUCGAGCUCAAUUGGAGGAUUUUCGUUAAUAAAAGUAUCUGACGAUAAUCAUUCGGGCUGAGAUUUGACAAAAAAAAAAAAAAAAAAAAAAA